UUCUAAAAUCAAACUUUAACUUUAAUUCUUAAUUUUUUCCCAAUCCUAUAAUCCCCAUGUCCCAAGAACUCCCACAAAUACUCCAUCAAUUUUCACCGGAAGUUCUACUUCAACACCUAUCAGUAUUUAGUGCUGUCUGCUAAGCACAAAAUCCAGAAUCAGUCACCGCAUUUAAUCAAUCCACACUAAAAAAGAUGACUCUCAAAGUUUUCGCCGAUCGGAUGUCCCAGCCUUGUCGGGCUGUUAUUCUAUUCUGCAAGCUUAAUAGAAUUGAUUUCGAGGAGGUCAAUAUUGAUCUUUUCAAACGCCAACAUUUAUCUCCUGAAUUUGCUGAGAUUAAUCCACUGAAGCAAGUCCCUGCAAUAGUUGAUGGAAGAUUUAGACUCUUUGAAAGUCAUGCAAUACUUAUUUAUCUUGCUUGUGCAUUUCCUGGAGUGGCGGAUCAUUGGUACCCUGCUGACCUCUCCAAGCAAGCUAAGAUCCAUUCAGUGCUGGAUUGGCAUCACUUAAAUCUACGCUAUGGAGCAAUGACAUAUGUUAUAAAUACUACACUUGGCCCUGCACUUGGCAGACCAGCAAAUCCCGAAGCUGCUGCAAAAGCUAAGAAAAAGUUGGAUUCAUCUUUGUCAACGAUUGAAUCAGUUUGGCUUAAAGGGAGCGGAAAGUUCUUGUUGGGCAGUUACCAGCCAUCUAUAGCUGACCUUAGCCUUGUCUGUGAGAUCAUGCAAUUAGAGGUUUUAGAUGAGAAGGAUCGUGCUACGAUACUGAGCCCAUACAAGAAGGUUCAACAGUGGAUUGAAGACACAAAAACCUCAACACAACCCCAUUUUGAUGAUGUUAAUGGGAUCCUUUUCCGAGCCAAAGCAAAAUUUCAGAAGCAAAGAGAGAACGAGAAAACGAAAGGCAUUUCUAAUGCGACCUUGCAUUCAAAGAUGUGAAAAAUAACGCAAAAUAAAAACGGCUUAGCCCAUGAAGCUGCAUCAUCAAAUUACAAGGUCUAGAAUAUGCUUCGUGUUUUAUAUUCCGACUUCCUAUAAACAACAUACUAGAUACGAGAAUUCUGUAUCAUCUGUUCUGUAGUGUAUACUGAUAUAUGCUGAUGUAAACUGACCCUGAAUUCUGCUAUGUGCAUGAAAUUUACAUGAGAACGUCUAAGAAAAAUCACAUGAGAACUUUUACCAUGCUCCUCGCCUCUAGAUCCCGAUAAUGAAUUUCAGAUUUGGUUUUCAUCAGAACCUACUGUUUUGCUUAACUCUUGUUUUUGUAACUUCAAUGGAGCUCAAUAUUUUUGGUUUUCUGUAAUCGACCAGCCAUCACUGCUCUAGCAAUCCAUGGUGGUAAGUGGACCUUAGAUAUUGGAACUGAGCUACUGUUGUUCGGCUACACGAAUAAAUAGAUCAUUUUCGGUGAUAGUCCACAAAAAGUCUCCUUCUCUAAUCUCAAAUUCAUUUUGACAGUCAAAAUCCUUUAUAUCCUUUUCUGCUCCUGCUCAUCCAAGUUAUUCUUUCUAACCAUUUUUUUAAGUCCUGCAAAAUCCAACUUUCUAUCUCUCAUACGGGUUCACUAAUGUUUCUUUUUUGCACGGGCAUAAACCAUCUUAAACAGUUCUCUUCUCAAUAUUUGAUAAAAAUAUCAGAAGUAAAGAGAAUAUGAUAAAGUUCAUGGAGUCUCAAAACAUAUAUUGCAGUCAAUGCAGAUGUUUUUGCAGUCAAUGCAAUCAGUAUUUCGAUUGUGAUGUAAUCAAAAACCUUUAUAAUG